AUGGAAUUGCAAUCAAACCUUAACUAUGAGAAUUGCCAGCCAAAGUUAGAAACAAAGGACACCCCAGAAUCACACUCCCUGCUUGUUCACCUUCCUGGUUAUUCAGAAGAUGAUAUAGGUGCUCAAUUUGAGUAUGAUUAUAGAAGAGUUAGAGUUUUUGGUGGACGAACACUUGGAGAUAGCAGAUCAAUUCGCUUCAACAUUGUAUAUGCAGUUCCAUGGAAUUGUGACAUGAACAAGCUUAAGGGUAUGUUCCAAGGAGAAAUUUAUCGUAUCAUAAUGCCGAAGGUAACCAUAUUAAGGGAAGUUCAAGAUGAAAAUUCACCUGGAUCUUCAUCACAUGAAAAGGGUCAAAUGGGAACAUGUGAGGAACCAAAAUCAAUAACUGAGAGUCAAAUAAAAACUAAUAAUGACGAGGUUUUAACCACAUCAAACAGUGAUUUUGUGCCUCAGAAGGGUGAAGAGGGAAUUUCACAAGAUGACAAGAAUCAAAGAGAAGAAAGGUUUGAAAGUAGUGAAAAGAAAAGGGUUGAUGGGAAAGAAACAAAGGAAGAAAGUGAGAAUGCUUCUACAUCAGGAAAACCACCCCAGAAAGGAAAAGGGGAAGAUGUCAUGGAUGAGACAAGUUUCAUCACAAAGAAUGGUAAACUUGGUAAUCUUGGAUCACCUAAAAGGAGAGGAAUAAAGGAGGUGGCUGCUUCUGCUUCACAAGCUGUGACAAGUUUGGUAAAAGAGUUCAAUGAAAAUGAUAAUAAGCAUGUGCUACUGUGUACCAGUGCAACGGUUCUAAUGUUGGCACUAGGUGUUUAUGCUUCUUACAAGCUUCGUUCUUUAGCUAGAACAUGA